UCACCAAGCGAAGACUACGUCCGCUUUAGUCCCCAAAAACCGCAAUACCGUCAUGGCACCCGGUUUAAUAAUUUUUUAAAGAAAAUUCAAUACAUUCGCAAUCAAAGUCGCGUAGAAACAACGAUUUUUAUCUGUACAAACAUUUGUUCAUAUUUGUCUUGGAAGUAUGAGUUCAGGUAGACCAAUCAAGUGUGUGGUAGUAGGAGAUGGAACAGUAGGAAAAACAUGCAUGUUAAUAUCAUAUACAACAGAUAGUUUUCCAGGAGAAUAUGUUCCUACAGUAUUUGACAAUUACUCAGCACCUAUGGUUGUGGAUGGAAUACCUGUUAGUCUAGGACUUUGGGAUACUGCUGGACAAGAAGAUUAUGAUAGACUUCGUCCACUUUCAUAUCCACAGACUGAUGUUUUCUUAAUCUGCUUCUCAGUAACAAGCCCAUCAUCAUUUGAAAAUGUUACUAGUAAAUGGUAUCCAGAGAUAAAACAUCACUGCCCAGAUGCUCCAAUGAUACUUGUUGGAACUAAAAUAGACUUAAGAGAUGACCGUGAGACGCUUACUGCCUUAGCAGAACAAGGUCUUAGCGCUAUAAAACGUGAACAAGGACAAAAAUUGGCAAACAAGAUACGUGCAGUAAAAUAUAUGGAAUGUUCUGCACUUACGCAACGUGGUCUGAAACAAGUUUUUGAUGAAGCAGUUCGUGCUGUUUUAAGACCAGAACCCCAAAAACGUAGACAGAGAAGAUGCAUUAUGUUAUAAACACUAAAUAAUUGGGAACUAAUCAAUGUAGGUAAAACCACAUAUAAACUAACAGACUGAAAUUAAUUUUCUCACAAAAAGCGAAAAAAAAAUAUGAAUGUUUUGAAAGAAAAACGGUAGCAGCCCAUACAUUUCAUUGAAUUUUUCUGGCAGCUAUAAUUCAUCAUAAUCGUAAAUAAAGUACAAUUUCCAGCUCAUCGCUAUAAGCUGUAAAAUUGAUCUAAGACCAGAAGCUGAAAUAAUAUGAAAACGUGACAUCUUUAUAAUACUUAUACAAAAAUUAUUACAGAUUUGCAUUUGUUGUACAUGUAGCAUUUCUAAGAUAAUUUUAAAUAUUAAUGUACUAGUCAGAAGUUAAAGUAUUUAGUGAAAUUGAAGACAUAUAUGUACUAUUACUUUCUACUUUUAUAAAAUUAUAAUUUUUCUAUGUGGAUUGUCAUUUUUUAUCAUUUUUUCUUUUAUAAUAUAAUAUUUUAAUUAACGUUUGAAUGAAUUUAAUACUUUACCACAAUUGAAAAUAUUCGAUUUUGAAAUCUUGAUCAUGUGAGCUGCCAGAUUUUGAAAUUUUUAUACUCAUAAUAGUAAAACAUUCGUUUUAAUAUACACAUAUGAUAGGUAUUACAAUCAAUAUACUAACAAUUUUUAUACAAUGUAAAAUAACAUUAUAGAAUUAUUUAAACAUACAGUGCCAUAGCAACGAAAAAAAGAAAUCAAAUCAGUAAUGCUAGCAUUUUUUAUGUCAGUUCUAGACAAUAUAUGUAUUUUCUUACAGUCUCUUACCAGAUGACUUAAAAAAAAGAUACAAAGGAAUUGAAGAAUCUCAUUGAUAAAACAUAUUUUGUAUUUACUUUACAAAUUUCGAUAAAUGUUAUAAUUGUAAUAUUUCUUUACAUACUACCAAAGAAGUACACUUUAUGCAUGAAAUACUGUCAGGAAAUAUUUAACUUUGUAAGCAAUAGGUGUAUGUGAAACAUUUUAUUGUCUAGAAUUUGAACAUUCUUUUUAUAUUAUUGCAUAAUACAAGACAUGCUGUAAUGUAUUAUGUGUAUAUUUAUAUUUAUUUUAUUUUGACUCUUAAUUAAGUAAGGAUAUUUUAACAGGAAUUUAAUGGGAAAACACUUAAACAUUUACUUCUGAAACAAUUUCUGUUGUUGUAUAUGGCAGGUACAGUUUUAUCGAUUGCUGCACUGGUGCAAUCUAUUAAUGUUUAAAGGCUCUAAAUUAUUUUUCAUAAAAACUGAGAGUGCAUCGUGAAAAGAAAAAGAAUAAUCAAAAAGUAUAUAUUAAAUUAUAUAGGAAGAUUUAUAUUACCAGUGACAAACAUAUGGUGCAAACUAUGCCUAUAUAAAUGAUCAACAUAGCACAAUUUGUUUUGAAGGGUGGCCAUGACAUUUUUAGUCUUCUGUUACUAUUUUUAUAAAAUUAAUAAUUUACAUAAAUUUUCAAAUUUAAAACAGUUAAUAACAUACUUUAGAGUAAUAAAUAUAUUGUACAGAACAACUUUUGUUCUUAUAUACAUCAAAUGACUUACAUUUAUACUUACAUCUAAUUUAUUAUUGUAACUUCUUCUUAUGAUAUUGUAACAUACUUUGUUUACAUUAAUCUACACUAUUGAAACAUUAUUUUCAUAGAUCAUACAUGCUCUCUAUAAAAGGACUCAAUAAAAGAAAAAAAGAUAGUGUGAUGAUGACUAACAAAAUAUUCCAUCACUCGCGAACAUGCUAUUUUUUUAUAUUCGAAAAAAGCUUAGAAUGUAGAAAGAUAGGAUAUGCGUGCCAUAUGCUUUCAAAUUUAUAAAACGAAUAAUGAAUACCAUGAUUUGUUUGUAUUUGUAUUCCAUGUGAAUUUCAAACGAAUUAAAGAUAUAUCAUCAUA